UUUUCGGGCGCAAGUCUCGUCGCGAGAAGCAACGUUGUACGAACUCGUCACGUUCUAACAAUCCAUAAAUCUCACGAACACAAAGAUAUCGCUCAAACGUCGCUUAAUAAUUGAAAAAAUAUCCGCGAUUAAUUGUGGCGUAGAGAGAGAAAAAGAGAGAGAGAGAGAAAGAGAGCGAGAGACAAUCGUUGACCGGAGGCCCGGGACGAAUUUACGGUGCGCGCGACUCGCGUAAUCGCUGGUUUAUCAGAGAAGCGAUCAGAUCGAGCGAGGAAGAUAAGUCGAGAUAAAGUGGAAAAUAGCGACUUUUCUGAAGCGGCUUGGAUUAGUCAGAGACGUGUCUGUAUGUAUAUACGUUGCUGAUCGAAGUGCGGAGUUGCAUUAUAAUGCAUAUGACUCUUCUACCCCCCUCUUAAUUCGGCACUGCAAUCUUCGGCAGAGAGUGUCGCGGAUGAAUUCGUUGCCAUUCCAUCGAAUCGUGGUGCGGCAAGCAUAGUUCGCGCUAGGUGGUCCUGGUGGUGCGGUCGGCCGAUCGGGUGCAUCGGAGAUCGGAUCGCUCCAAAAAAAAAGAAAAAAUAUCGACUAGUCAGAUAACUAACCACCUGGCACGAUGUGGCUCGGAUCUCUCGCGUUUUUCGUCAUCGUCCUUUCGUCCGUCUCGGCGAAAACGGUCGACCUUUCAUUUCGGAAAAUGAAGAAAGAAGACUUCUUUACGAAAGUGCAGACCACGAUCAAUCUGCAGGAAGUGACGGAUCUCAAUCUGAGGGGAAAUAAAUUUGACAGUUUCCUGGAUUGCUCCACUAAUCUGGGGGCACUGAGAACGCUGGACUUGUCUCAGAAUCAUCUUCAGCGAUUUUUCUUCCUAUGUAAGGAAGAAUACAAUCUGCGAGAGUUAAAUGUGAGCCACAAUAAACUGGAGUACAUCGACGAUAAUGCUCUCAACGACCGGAUACCGAAACUGAAGAUAUUAGAUCUUUCUUUCAACAAGCUCACUGUCGUCAACGAGACCAUGCUGCAAUAUCUAACGAUUCUCGAAUAUUUGUCUUUGUCCAAUAAUCCCAUAGAGGAUGGAAUUCACGACAGCGCGUUUUCGAAUUUAAGGGCAUUGAAACAUCUCGAUCUGAGGAACAUAUCCGCGCCGUACUUUUCAUCGGACUUCUUCAAGAACUUGACGAACUUGUCGACUUUGGACCUAUCCUGGAACCCGAUCAGCAAGAUACCUCUGUUACCGAGAGAUUUGCAAGAGUUGGAUUUAUCUGGCACGCAAGUGAUAAGCCUCGAAAGCUUGUAUCUACCGCAGCUACGAGAACUGCGGCUGAACCGCAUGCCGAACUUGACGUCGCUGGCGCUGAACGAUCUCGAGAACCUGAUCAGCCUGGAGUCGUUAUCGUUGAUCGGUUGCAAACGGCUGGUACAGCUUGGUCUUUGGUCGCAGAUCGGCAUCGUGCUGCCACGGCUGCAACGCCUUUCGGUAAAAGACUGCGGCCUCGAGACCCUGAGUGUCGAGCUGCGCCCCUUGAUGCAACGGACGCCCGUCGUCGAAUUGGAGAACAAUCCCUGGAACUGCGACUGCAAAUUGGAAUGGAUCGGCCUGUUGAACUCGACCAGGAAUCUCAGUCGGGACAUCAGAUGCCACGCACCGGAUCGGCACCGCGCCAAGCUCCUGGCUGAAAUACCGAACUACGAGCUGGGAUGCGAAUACGACUCGUCGGUCAUCUAUCCGAUUCUGUGGACGGGCCUCGCGAUAUUGAUCGUUGCCGUGAUCGUCGCCGCGGUCUUGGUUCUCCUGAAACGGCCAAUAAGCCAAUGGAGCUUCAAGGGAAGGAAUGGGGAUACCGUCACGUACAAAAACGUCGUGGAGUCGAACAAUGAUCUAGUGCGAAUACUGGCGUCCGAGACGAACGAACGCAACGAAGAAUGAAGCCAAAUUGAAAUUGGAUAGAGAAAGGACAACAUACAGACGGGUGGACGGAAAAAUCGUCGAGCUUAACAGCAGACGUUUCAGACUGUUUCGAAAAGCUUUGUUGUAACGGUUACCUUGUAAUAACGUAAUGUAGCGUAAUUGCGAUGACCAAAAAUCGUUCCAAAAGAUUAUCCUAUUGUUUUCGUUUUUUACGUUUGGCGAAAUAUGUCGAUUCGCAAAAUGUGUAAAAUAGUAAGGAACGUUGAUUUAUCGAUGUGGAAAUCAGUUUCUUCGAAAAAUGUAAAAAUUUGUUUGUAAUAAUAAGAUUAAAAUUAUAAUUAAAAGAAUAAGAUUAAAAUUUUCGAAAAUUACAAUAAUCAGUUCCAAAGCUAAUUUCCAUGUCGACAGAUGAUGAAUUGUUAUACGUAUCCAAAUGUAUCAAAAUAAAUAAGAAAAGUCUCUUAUGCCUCCUGGACCCGAAUGAGCAAAGUAUUAUAUUCGAGUACUCGAGCGGCAUUCCCAGUGUCCGAUAAUAAAAACUGAAACUUCUGCGGUCGAAUAAAA